AUGGACAACAGCGAUACGGAGUACUCCGUACAGGUAAGAGAAAGAACGAGACGAAGGAUGAAAAAGGACCGGACUGCUGCCUGGCAACCGACGGCGACUAUGCAACAGCAAGGCUUGGCUGGUGCGCCCGGCACAGGCCGAAAUGGCACCAAGAAAAACGUUGCCGUUAGUCUAGGGCGGGUGAUGGUUCGGAGCUUAAUAUCGCCCAUCCAUCCCCAGAUAGCGGACCAACCACUGCCACCAGCCGCUUCUUCUCGACCAUCUUCCCGUUUAUCGGGCGAGUCGCGAGCCCUGGAGGUAUACAACCAAGUCCUGGCAUAUAUAACGACCGAGCACCAGGGACCAGGUAGGAACGCAGUUCAGCCAUGCAAAGAACACUGUAACGCCGUCGAUCUUAUCUCCUAG